AUUUAUAUUCAAUGAGGAAGCCACUUCAAUCAACAACUUCUGCUGCGUUAUUUUUCCAAGAUGAACCGAUACACAACCAUGGGACAGCUGGGGGACAGUGCCUAUGGGAGUGUGCUUAUGGCCAAGAAUAAUGAGUCCGGGGAACUGGUGGCCAUCAAAAGGAUGAAGAGAAAGUUCUAUUCUUGGGAUGAAUGUAUGAACUUGAGAGAAGUUAAGUCUCUGAGAAAAUAACAUCCUAAUGUUAUUAAAUUGAAAGAAGUUAUCAGAGAAAAUGACCACCUUUAUUUCAUAUUUGACUAUAUGAAAGAAAACCUCUAUCAAUUAAUGCAAGACCAAAACAACUUGUUCCUUGAGUCAGUCAUCAGAAAUAUUAUGUAUCAGAUAUUGCAAGGGCUGGCUUUUAUCCAUAAACAUGGGGUUUUUCAUAGGGACUUGAAACCAGAAAACUUGCUUUGUAUGGGUCCAGAACUUGUGAAAAUUGCUGAUUUUGGACUUGCAAGAGAAUUAAGGUCACAGCCACCGUACACUGAUUAUGUCUCUACUAGAUGGUAUUGUGCCCCUGAAGUUUUGCUGAGAUCUUCUGUGUAUAGCUCUCCCAUUGAUGUGUGGGCUGUUGGAAGUAUCAUGGCUGAACUCUAUAUGUUAAGGCCACUUUUCCCAGGGAAAAGUGAGAUUGAUGAAAUCUUUAAAAUUUGCCAAGUUUUAGGGACUCCCAAAAAGAGCAACUGGCCAGAAGGAUACCAGCUGGCAUCUUCUAUGAACUUUCGUUUUCCCCAGUGUGUUCCUAUAAACUUAAAAACUCUGAUUCCCAAUGCCAGUAAUGAAGCUAUUCAGCUCAUGACUGAAAUGUUGAAUUGGGCUCCAAUGAAACAACCAAGAGCAAGCCGGGCAUUGAAACACCCAUAUUUUCAAGUUGGUCAGGUAUUAGGCCCUUCCUCAAAUAAUCUGGAAUCAAAACAGUCUUUAAAUAAGCAGCUGCAACCAUUAGAAUCAAAGCCAUCUUUAGUUGAAGUAGAGCCCAAGCCUCUACCAGAUGUAAUUGAUCAGACUGUUGAACAAUCCCAGUCAAAAACUAGCCAGCAGCCACUGCAGCCCAUUCAGCCGCCACAGAACCUGAGCGUCCAGCAACCAGCAAAGCAACAGAAUCAGCAGAAACCGCCGCAAACACGAUUCUCAAACAUCAUCAGAAACAUGCCAACUAAGCCAAAUGGCACACUGAAUCAUAAAAGUGGUAGGAGGCGUUGGGGCCAGACUAUCUUCAAAUCUGGAAAAAGCUGGGAAGGGUUGGAGGACUAUGAUUUCGGAGCCUCCCAUUCCAAGAAGCCAAGCAUGGGUGUUUUUAAAGAAAAAAGGAAGAAAGAUUCUCCAUUUCGGCUUCCAGAGCUGGCACUCUCGGGCUCCAACCACUUGCUAGGGGAAAACAAGAGCCUACCUGCUGCUAUUUCCGUAAAGUCUGAUUCUGAAUUGUCAACUGCCCCAGCCUCUAAAGAGGACUACUUGAAACAAUCAAGAUAUCUUUCAGGUAUGAAUCCCAAGAACAUGUCCUUGAUAGCCAGUGGAAAGGAAAUAAACCCCCACACGUGGAGCAAUCAGUUAUUCCCUAAGUCACUGGGACCUGUCAGGGCAGAACUUGCUUUCAAAAGGAGCAAUGCAGAAGAAAGCAUAAUUAAACCAACUGAAAAACCAUCAUGCAAUGAAACUUUUCCUGAAAAAUCAGAGGACCCACAAGGUAAUUUCUGGGCAUCAGAUGAAUGCAAUUUGCUCUUUGAAUCUCUUGUCUAAUUUUCUUCUCAACAUUUGUCCCUGAUCCUGACAUAA